UUGCGCUUCCAGAAAACUCGGCCACGUCAGAUUUGGAUGCGUGAGAAAAAAUGAGGAGAAAGAAAAGGUGGAGACAGUAUUAGACGACGACAGCGAUGGAAAAGAGCAGUGACGGAACCAGUUGUCUGCGCACAGGGUCGAGGAUUAUUCUGUAUCUUGUCCUGCUGCUAUUUCCUGUCUUUGAAAAAGUUAAAAGUGAUGCACUGUUAUCGAGCUGGCUCGUAAAUUGCACACGCCAUCAACAUGAAAAGGUUGAGAAGGAAAUUGAUUGCAUCAAAAAAAUGCUGCUCCAUUUCUCGAUUGAUAACGGCAAGUCAGGAGAGAGUGACACAAUUGAAACUUUUGUAACACAAGUGCGUGAGUACAAUGGUGGAAGUAGGGACCUUGAAGAGCCUUACCGAAUAACCAUGUAUAAGAGCGACAUAUAUGUUCAGUAUCCUCUUCAGUUUCUACAGUCUUUUAAUGGGAAUCCCCAUGAGGUUGAAUCGUUUGCGCAUAACUGCAAAGAUGAUAGCAAGGACAAAACUCCAAAUUGUGGGUGGCUAUACAACAAAGCUGGAGAAAAGGUGAAGGACAGCCAGGGAUUUUGCUGCUUAUGCACCGUGAAAGACAAACUUCCACCUUGGCUAGGAGGAGAAAGUUUACCCAGAAGAUCUAAACAGGACUGCAACAGUACCUUAUUAUCAUUUUUGAAUCUGUUACCAUGGAGAAGACGAGGGAGCGCACACUGUCUUCGGUAUUCUACACAAUGGUACCCUACAUACCAAGUAGGGUUGUCCAACCAAACUUUCACCAUCAGAAUUAAGACGGAUUUGGCACAUUCAAGUCGAGAGGUUUCUAGCCUCAGUCAAAACUUUGAUUCUGUGGAGGUAACAUCUCACCUGAGGGUCGACAUCAACUCCAGGAGGACGAUGAAGGGUAAACUACAAGCAUUUAGUAUUAUGAACACAGAACCACCUGACUUGGCAGAUCAAUAUCUGUCAAUACCAUACGAAAAGGGAAAGAUUGAUCUAACGACAAACACCAGCAAAUGGCUGACGUUGCCAAAGAGCUUUUAUACCCUCGACGGCAGAGACUGUGACAAAAUUGGUAUUUCACAUAGUGCAUUUCGAUUGCAACCCCAGCCAUGCAAUCACGGUUUCCAAUCUUGUUGCAGCAACCAACUUGACAAAUUUGCGAAGGAUGAAAGUGAAAGGUUAGCAAACGGAGAAACUCCCCUUUAUGCGGUUUCUCGACAUGGCAAAGUUUUUGCAAGCCACCAGACUCACAACUCAACUUUAAAUCUGCUUACAAAUCAGACAGUUACUUCACUGCUGACUCUGGAAGUGAAAGCCGACGAUCUGAAGUACUUUGUGCACAGGAGCCCAGGAAAAAUCAUGGAGGCAUCCUUCGAGUCUACCCAAACCCACCUUAGUGGUGGACUUUUGAAGGUGGAGAUAUUGAACGCGGGCAAGAAAACAGCAAACUUCACCUUACAUACGGAGGAAUGCCCUCUUCUACUAAAUUUUUCUACCGUAGAAGUGAGGUCGUUAAAACCAAGAAAUACAUUGUCUUCUUUCACUUUCAAUGUUAGCGAAACGGAUGACUCUUCAUAUUUCAGCACCUGCAAAGUUUUCCUUCAAGACAACAUGGGUGACAAGACCGACACCUUUGAGGUCAAACUUGAUUAUCCAUCACGAGACGAGCUUGCGUUUCUGUUGCGAGCUGAAGCUACUGGCACAAACAGUAAAAACUCUUCUUCAUUGUUCAACUGGAUUUAUAGUCUUUUCAACUAUACGAAGUGGUUCGGCGUAUUCAAUACGACCUUCAAUUUUUGCUGGUUCUCGUGUCCGAAAAAUACCUUAGAAUCAGAGUCCUCGACAGGAGGACAAUCUACCUUCAGGUGUGAGUAUUCAUCACAAACUAUACCGGACUUAGACGAGAAUGGGUUUACUGCAAAGUGCCCUGAUGCACCAGGAACGCCAACCGGUUCAGGCAACUUCAGCCUAUAUAACAUUUUCACUUGGACACCAUGUGGUGAGUGCUCAAACAUAGUGCUAGACUUCAAGUGCUACGUGACCACCUUAUGUUGGAAGGAGAUACUAUCGUUCGUUAUGUACGUCAUUGCUGCAAUAAUAUUGAUAUAUUUUGCCUGGUUGUUGCAUCAAGCCGGCAUUUUGGGGCCUAUCAUAUCGACUGUCUUGUCAUUCAUUGCCAUGAUUUGCAAGCUAUUGUGUGGAUGCCUCACCAUAUUAUUCGGCGGCAGGAGGAGUGGGGGUGGCGAGGGCAGUAGUAGUGACGGAGAUAACGACGGAGGUGGAAGUCGGGGCAGAAGAAAGAAGAGGAAGAGGAAGAGGAAGAAGAAGUGGAAGAGAAAACGGCAUAAGAAGAGGAAGUGGUGGUGACCUCAGUGUGAUCGAGUGCAGGUUUGCGUGGAGUGUGAAACAAAUUGGUUACGUACAUACUGCGCAAGGAAAUUUUAUCACCCAUAACCAGUCGAAGGAACGCUGCAAUCCUCGCGAGAAUUAUUUCACAUCAAACAUAUGUCGAGAUUUUGAUUUGACUGUGUAGGGUAAUGACACUGAUAGCAUACUUUGAACAACUUGAUAAUGUCACGAGCCAUAAUUUAUUUCAUAUAUUUUCCAAUGU